AUGGCUCCGUCAGCGUCCCGCCUCCUUUCCGCUCUGCUCCUUCUUGCGGCGCUUGCUGACGUGGCGUCCGCUGCGGAAGAUUUGCUGUACGUUUGGACGGGCGACGAUGACCACCAGCAGCCAGACUUCCUGGCGGUCUUGGAGUUCAAUCCGACGUCGCCCAACUACGGAAAGGUGGUCGCCAAGGUGGACCUUACAGGGCCCAGUGCGUUCGGGAAUGAGCCGCACCACAUCACGUUCAGCUACGACAAGAAGACCCUCGCGGGCGCCGGGAUCUUCUCCUUCCUCUUCCCCUUCUCCGCGCGCAUCCCCGCGCAGGAGCAAGUCUUCUUCUACGACACGAGCAACCCGCGCGCGCCCACCUUCAACGGGGUUACCGCUAACCCGCUCAAGUCGGGCGCUGCGGACGAGUUGUACCCACUUUCGGACGGCACGUUUCUGCUGAGCUCACUGGGCACUCGGGCCGGAACCGCCGAGGGCGCGAUUACGGUUUUGUCGGCGACCGGGACGAUCCUCGGGGAGUAUCCCCUGGUGCCGCCGCUCGAGUCGUUCGACCCGCACGGGAUCACCGUGCGCGAGGACCUUGACCUGUUCAUAACCACGGAUUUCAUCGAGCCUGCUUCGGCCCUUUCGCUUACCCAGCUGCUCUUCGGAGGCAUCCGCUAUCAGAAGACGAUCCGCAAGUGGCGCCUCUCCACCAAGGAGAUCAUCGGAACAUGGACGGUCGACGAUAAAGCGGGGCCGUUAACCAACUACUUCAUCCCCAACGACCCCUACGGCCGCAUCAUCGCGUCCGCGGUUAACGCUAACAAGAUCUACCUCCUUGACCCAAACCUCAACGGCACAUUGGGCGGCCUUAAAUACUACACCGCUCUCGAUCUGACCGCCGCCGGUUACCCCAACUCCAACCCCCACUACGUCAGACUGACGCAAGACGGCAAGACUGCCGUGCUUACUUUGAAUGCUGGGAACAAGGUCUUGCUUCUCGACUUGACCAACCCGUACAACAUCAAGAUCAAGGACGUGCUGCCUCUGCCUAACGGCGCGAAUCCCCACUACGCCGACAUUCACCCCGACCAGAAACGCGUCGUCGUCGUCGACUACUUCCUGGAUUUCAAGACCUAUGGGAUCAUUCACCGCCCCGGUGACAAGAUUAUCCACGUGUACACGUUCGACACCGGCAAGCUCAUUCCUGACCCCAACUGGCCUAAUCCGGAUUUCAAGAACCUGUUCCCCGCUCAAGGCGUCACCAACCCGCACGGAACCGCCUUCUAUGCGUCAGGCUACUAGACCGUUGGGGGUCCCAGCUUUUGCAUUUUGAGGCAGGUUUUGAUCGGAUUCAGGCCGUUUCUCAAGCCGUUGUCUGGUUGAAGGAGCUUUUGGAAACCCACGUAAGAGAGGUGUACGAAGCUGCUGAAGUAGAGGGCAAAAACAAUCAUGGGAAGGAGCUAAACAGAUAUGAUAGAUAGUCGCGCAAUGCUGGCGCAAUUUUGAACAUAUUCAGUUCGAGAUUUCUUACUUCAUAAGCGAGUUGGCAAGGACCUUACAGGAAAGGGCGGU